AUGGAGGGGGAUGAGGUGGAGCUGGAUGCCCUGCGGAAGCGCUACUCGCGACAGCAGCUGGAGGAGGCCAACGUGGAGGAGAUCCCGUUCAGCGAGCUCAUGGCCAUGGAGGUCUUGAGCCAGGCCGACAUACUCGGCUUUCAGGAGAAGGGCUUCCUCGUGGUGAAGGACGUCCUCACCGAACCACAAUGCCGCAUCAUCGAACGACGCAUGGUCGAGGUAACGAUGAACCUGAGCCUGUUUGCAGCCGAGGACUUCAAGCUCAUUGAGGGGGACACCUACAGCGUGCUCAUUAACUCUCACGAUCAGCUGGCCUUGCUCCGCAAUCCACACUGCACCAAAAAGUUGCUCAACGACAACAAGACGAGGAGGCCGCACGUGUCCAAGGUGCAUGGGCACUGGAACCUGUACUGGCUGCCCGAGAUGCAGACUAUCGUCAACUCCAACCCUAAAAUCUACACAGUGCACCGCCAGCUCUACGGCAAGUACCAGCUGCGAAGCAGUCUGAACACGAUCGGCCUGAAACCGCCAACUUCGUUGGACAUGCCAGCCCUCGCCUUUGAUGCCCCGCUCUACGAAGACACCUCCCACACCAACGAAUGCUUGGAAAGAAGCAUCAAGAGUAUCGUAUGCCUGCGGUCCCCCAACGACGUUGAGCCUCGGGACAGUGGGACGUUUGAACUGGUGGAGUCCUUUCACCUGUACUUCGAGCUGGCGGCCGCCUUCCUCGACCCGGAGACGGGCUACCCCGACUGCCGCCUGCCUGUGGAGGACCCGCUCGGUCGGGCUAUCGCCCACCUCGACCUUCCGGCGCUCAACCUCUACAUCCGCAUGUACACCUUCAUCCAGCGCUUCAACGUACGACCAAACACGCCCGUCCCCUCCAUGACCUCGACCGCCCAGGAGCUCUGGCCCUUCGCCACCACAUCAUCUUCAUCAUCGUCGUCCUCACUCUCGCUAUCACCAUCGUCGGCCUCAGCUGCGUCGGCGAUCCCAGCGGGCGACGCAGCCUGGACCCAGCACGCGGAGAUGUGGAGCCACGCCCUGCAGACCUACCACGGCUCGGCCCGGCGCAUCGGAGUGCCGGAGGUGGCGCGGCAGCUGCGAUGGACCGUGCCUGCUGGCCCGCGACGCCCGCACGCCGUACCGCACCCUGCGCAACCUGUCGGCGCGGGCGCCUUUCUCUACGCCUACUGCACCAUGUCCAAGAUCACCAACGAGGCGCUCUACUACGGGAGCGACGACUGGAAGACGCUGGGCAAGUGCAACCGCAACAUCCAAGGAGCGCACAAGGACUCGAAGAGCUUCAACGAGCUCGAGCUCGAGCUGUUCGAGAAGCACUACCACAAAGGCUACUCGCGGCUAUACACAUAUGGCACGUCCUCCUUCGCUCUAAGGCUUCUCUUUACCCAGCUCCAGCUCACCUUGGUCGUGUCGGGGUUGUAUGGGGUGUACAAUCACUUCCGGCAGGACAACCUGCUGUCGAAGGCGCUCUGGGGGUGGGACUUCCGCAAGCCGGCCAUGUUCAAGUGGUCCGCCUACGCCGAACCGGGUGCUGCCGACCUUCCCAAGCGCUCCCAGGGCUCAUCCACCGCCGCCUGCGACGUGCCUUCGCCCGAUCCGCUCUGUAGCUGGGAGUCCUCGCCGCCCCCAAGCGGGACUGUAUCGGCCACGAUGGCCACAUCAUCACCAAUCGGCACCAAGCGCCCGCGAGGCGACGCCGCUGACGCCAAGCCGGCGAAGAGGUUGGCGAAGAGGACAACGAAGAGGAGCGCCAAGGCCAAGGCCACCGCCGAGUCGGCCGGAUCGCCGCUGCUCUUCGAGAGCCAGCCCAGCGCCGGCGCCAGCGAAUGGCGGGCCCCGGCGCGGACCAUGGUAGGGGCCUAA